AUGACUCAGAACUUGCCUUCCUCCAGUCAGACAGAUACCAUGUGUCUUUCCCUCAAUGAUCGGAAGGCAUUGUCUCAGGCCUUAGGCACCAGCACUGGUGGAGAUGGAGAUACGUCUGAUGAUAAUCUCACCAUCAGAACACACCCUGGCAGCAUUGAAACACCUGCUCCAGUUGCCUUGCCUGACAUAGUGGCUGCCCCUGGUGCUGACACUACUCCUACUUCCGCCUCCACAGCUGUCCCUACUGCUCCUCCUCCUGCUGCCCCCACCAUGGUUCCUACAGGACCUAUCACUGUCCAUGUCGGCUACAACAAAUACGACUCCUCUGACAAUGAAGAUGCAAGCAAUGCAGCCAUUGCGCUUGCAAAUAAUUCCACGCUGAGUUAUUACCAUGGAACCUACUUCAAUGUGCCAGUUGAUGUCAGCCCACCCCUCUAUUAUGUGACUAGAGGUCACUACAUCGGCAUCUUUUCAGGCUGGGAUGCAACUGGUCCCAAAGUGCUUGGCAUCUCCUGCGCCAUCUAUCACAAGGUAGAUUCCAUUGAGCAAGGCAUAAGCAUCAUGAAGGGCGCAAUUGAUUGCAGUGAUGCUUCACAGGCAUUGUAG